UCUUCUGUCUUUGCUAAAGAUCUCUGAAUUUUGAUAAUAGUUCUUCUUUCUAAGGCACAGAUCUCUGAUUCUGAUUCUGAUUCUUGUUUUUAACCAUCAGAUCUUGUCUUUUAGGCUAUCUUUAUUUGUGUCAUCUUUCAAUUUUUAGCCUUUCUGUAUUCAAAAUGUGUAGGAACUCUUGGGUUUUAGGCUUUUAUUUAUGCCAGUUUUUUUCUGGAUCCCUUUUCUAAAAUUUGCUCUAGGCUUCGCAUCUUCUGGUUUUGUUCCUUAAUUUGAUAUUAACUGGUACUAUAAUGUUUGUGUCUUUAUGGAUUUAUUUAUUUUUGUAGAGAAAGUUAUUCUCUUGGUUUCUGCAGGAGUGCCAAAAUUAGCUUAUAACUCUUUUAACAGCUGUGUCCUUUGACAAGUUUGCUUCUGCUAACUGGAAAAGCUUUAUAUUUUAAGGAAGGGAAGAGAGAGAGAGAGAGAGAGAGAGGGAGGGAGAACUACCAUUUAUUCUGGUGUUUGGGCAUCUGUCUAUAGUUUUGCUAUUAGAUGUCGUUCCGCAGUAUAGUUCGAGAUGUAAGAGAUAGUUUUGGCAGCUUAUCCAGGAGAAGCUUUGAAGUAAGGCUCUCUGGACAUCAAAGGGGUAAAUCACACGGUUCAUUUCAUGACUUAAGUGACCAGCCACCUGUUAACCAGAACAGUUGUUGGGCUAAUCUCCCACCCGAACUACUUUUUGAUGUAAUCAGAAGAUUAGAAGAGAGCGAGAACUCAUGGCCUGCCCGUAAGCAUGUCGUAGCAUGUGCUUCAGUUUGCAGGUCAUGGAGGACUAUGUGCCAGGAAAUUGUUAGAAGUCCUGAAGUUUGUGGAAAGCUUACUUUUCCAAUAUCGUUAAAGCAGCCUGGGCCUCGUGAUGGAAUGAUUCAAUGCUUCAUCAAGAGGGAUAAAUCUAAUUUGACUUACCAUCUUUUCUUGUGUCUCAGUCCUGCUUUAAUAGUUGAAAAUGGAAAAUUCCUUCUCUCUGCAAAGAGAACAAGGCGGACUACUUGCACGGAGUAUGUUGUCUCAAUGGAUGCAGAAAACAUCUCACGAUCUAGCAACACUUACAUUGGAAAAUUAAGGUCAAAUUUUCUGGGUACAAAAUUCGUUAUAUAUGACACACAGCCUCCAUACACCUCUGCAAACAUCCCGCCUCCAGGCCGCACAAGCCGCAGAUUCUAUUCCAAGAAAGUCUCUCCUAAAGUCCCAACUGGAAGCUACAGCAUAGCCCAGAUCAAAUACGAGCUAAAUGUUCUUGGAACACGGGGUCCACGGAAAAUGCACUGUGUCAUGCACUCGAUUCCUUCCUCAGCAGUUGAUGUGGGUGGCUCAGUGCCUGGACAACCGGAGCUUCUCCCAAGGUCCCUUGAGGAUUCAUUCCGGAGUAUCUCUUUCUCAAAGUUACUCAAUCAUUCUGCUGAGUUCAGUAGCUCACGGUUUUCCGAUAUUGUUAGAGCAUCAUCCAGUGCGGAAGAUGAUAGUAAGGUGAGACCCUUGGUUCUAAAGAACAAGUCACCGCGUUGGCAUGAACAACUGCAAUGUUGGUGCCUAAAUUUUCGAGGACGGGUGACAGUUGCAUCUGUAAAGAAUUUUCAGUUGAUAGCAGCCAACCAACCACCUGCUUUGGGACCGACAACCUCUCGGUCAAGUCAAUCAGAUCAUGACAAAGUCAUCCUGCAAUUUGGCAAGAUAGGGAAAGAUAUGUUUACUAUGGAUUACAGGUAUCCCCUAUCUGCGGUUCAGGCUUUUGCUAUAUGCUUGAGCAGCUUUGACACCAAAUUGGCAUGUGAAUAGAUGAUUAGGAUGGAUACUAAAAGAAAUUAACCGCAAUUGACUUUGUUCUGGAUAUAUUAUGCCUACUUUAUUUUCCUUUUCGCCAGUAGAAUUAGGGGUUGUCCCUAAUCUUUCAUCUUGUAAAAAGACCUGAUUAUAAUAGUGGCCCUGAUACAUUUAUUUAAAGCCACAAAUGAAUGUUAUUGCUACUCCGUGUCCAGCAUGCUUAUGCUCUGGACUCUCUUAGGGGU